AUGUUGAGGGAAAAAAAACUAGCAUCAAAAUAAGAAAAAAAUAAGUGUGAAACAUGCACAUAAAUACACCUAAAAUGAGUAUUAACCUGCCGUGAUGGAGAUGAUUUGUGUCUUGUGUUUGCGCAGAAUUGCUCAAGCUGCGCCUCUUUCCACAUUCCUUCUCUCCGGAGGCACACGCCCUGUGACAAAGAGGGGGGAAGAAAAAAAAGUUGGCUGCACGGAGAAGUUAAAUCACGGAAAAGAUAUGUGUUGCUGCUUAAUCUGGACUGCAGAGGAGGAUCAGUGAGAGCACGAAGGAGCGCAGCCUCAGGAAUACUUCAGCCCUUUUUGUUCGUCUUUCUUAAAGAGAUAUGGAGGGAGCCAUUCAGACGGUGGUGACCACGUUUCUGAGUUCUGCCAGGGGGAAGGACAGCCUCGAUGGGAAAAGCUUCAAGAAGAUGAUACAGAAACAGCUCGGCAGCCUCAUGGAGGAUACAAACAGCUCCUCUGCCAUUAAGGAGAUGCAGCAGGGGCUGGAUGCGAACAACGAUGGAAAGGUCAGCUUCCAGGAAUACCUCACUCUGAUUGGCUACUUGGCCAACUCCCUGAGCCAGAGCAAGACUGGAUCCAGUACCCAGGAGGCGUCGUAGAUACUCAAGAAGAUGAUUCUGAUCCCAAUUCUGAGCUUUUAAGCAUCUUUCCAUCGUUGCCAAACGUUGCAGCCAUCAUAUAUUCAUUAUUACGCAGCAGUCCAUAAUCGUUUUUACCGAGUUUAUCAACCAGAUAAUAUCUCAAUAUCUGUCCAGAUCCAUCUUACUGAUCUCCACUGAAGUACUCUUUUUAUUCCAAUUACAUAAAAGAUGCUUGUUGUGUUUUGAAAUAAACUCUUUAUAUUAAAA